UGGAGCCGGGCGGUAGCGGGGCUCGGCGUGCGGCCGUCCUCCGCCUGCUCCUGCAGCCCUGCGCGGGGGGCGCCGCCUCCGCUUCCUCCCUCUGCACGGCGGUGGCGUCAUUCCUUCUGCUAUGAUGCCAGGGCAGAUCCCAGACCCUUCCUUGACAGCAGGCGCCUUGCCAGGGCUUGGUCCCUUGACUGGACUCCCUGGCACCGCUCUGACAGCAGAGGAGCUGAAGUACGCUGACAUCCGUAACAUUGGUGCCGUGAUCUCACCCUUACAUUUCCUGGAGGUGAAAUUGGGAAAGAGGCCUCAGCCAGUGAAGAGUGAGCUAGAUGAGGAAGAGGAGCGGAGGAAAAGGCGCCGGGAGAAGAACAAAGUAGCAGCAGCUCGAUGCCGGAACAAAAAGAAAGAGAGGACAGAGUUUCUGCAAAGGGAAUCUGAGCGCUUGGAACUCAUGAAUGCAGAACUGAAGGCACAAAUUGAGGAGCUAAAACAGGAAAGGCAGCAGCUGAUCUUGAUGCUGAAUCGGCAUCGUCCCACUUGUAUCGUGAGGACAGACAGUGUCAAGACCCCGGAGUCUGAAGCCAACCCAUUACUCGAACAACUUGAGAAGAAAUGAAAGUGGAUUGGGAGAGGAAAGAAGAAGGAGGAUGAGGAGGGAGGAGGACAUAGGGUCCCGUGUGGGGCCGUUGUUUAUGUGUGAAAAAACUUUGCAACAAGGCUCAGCACCGCCAGAAUACAGCGGGCUUCUUUGUGGAAUACAGACCAGCAACACAUGGGGAAGGGAGGGUUGAGGGAAGCUUGAGAUCAGCAAUGAAUUGAGACCAAAGUAGAAACAGGGAAGGGGGAUGAUCCAGUGCCUAGGAUUACAGUGAUGAGGGAGAAAGGGGUGAAUGAAGGAAGGGGCCUCCCAGCCCUCAUGGCCACAGUCUCCUCUCCUAUCAUUUCCCAUCAGUCAACCUGUCUUGGGGACAUCUCCUGGCAUUGGAAAAGUGUAAGUUGAAUCGGGAAAAGAAAAUCCAAAUGGAGUUCAGAAUACAAUUUCAGUCACUACCCCCAGCCCUUUAACCCUCCCCCCCCCCAGUCAUACAACAGAGCAGGAGAGGGAUGUGAUACAGAACCAACAAGCAGUCUCGGUGGCCACCAUCUGCAUGUCCCUGUUCCAUCGUCAUCCCCCUGGAUCCUGCCGACGCUCUUCCUGCGUCCCUGGGAAGAGCCCUCCUUACCAGACCUCGCUCCCUGCUGGAGUUUGCUGUGGGCACUGAGGCGCGGGCGCCCUUCCAAAGCACAUACUCACUCUAAUGUUUACAGCCUGGCUGUCCCGGCAGUGCUUUAAACUGCACAUUUUUACACUUCUCUCUUUUUUUUUUUUAAUAUUUUUUACAAAAAGAAAAAAGGUUUUAUACAGCAAUAUAUAUAUGGAUUUAUAUAAUCACUAGACGUGAUAUGGUAUAAAUAUGUUAUGGUUUGUUUGUUACGAACAGAUACUCCACAGUUAUUGCCAUUGUGUGUAAGUCAGUGUUAAGUGCUGUAGUCCCUGGGCGCCCUAGGGCUGGUGCCCGUGGAGGGGAUGCCUGAUGCCUGAUGCAGUGAUCCCGAAGGGGGUGAUGCCCAUUUCCAUCUGUGUAAGCCCUUCAUAGUACUCAGUCCUGUAUCGCUCAGUAAAUGUUACUCUUACUUA